UUUUUUUUUUGAAAGAAAUGUGUUGUCACUGCACAGAGUGGGACAUUAUUUUCAAGAAUGUGAGCAACAUAGAUUACAACAAAGACACCAUUUUUAAUGUUGAAGAAAAUCAAGAUUCACCCCAAAAUCCCAUUGAACCCAAAAAAUGAAAUCUUCAACUGAAACCCUCAUUAAAACAAUCUUAAAGAACCCAAACUCCAUUAAAACAAACUCCCAAACCAAGCAACUCCAUGCCCAAAUCAUAAAAACAAGAGGGUCAAAAUCAGUUUCACUUAACACUAUAAUUCUAGGUAUUUACUCUAACCUUAACCUACUUAAAGAAUCUUUACAAGUUUUUAACAACUUUACUUAUGUACCAGCAAAAGCAUGGAAGUCACUUGUUAGAUGUUAUUGUUGUAAUGGGUAUUUUCUUGAUUGUUUGUCUUGUUUUGUUGAAAUGAGGGGGUGGGGUAAGUUGCCUAGUAGAGAUGUUUUUCCUUCUGUGAUUAGAGCAUGUACCCAUUUGAAAGAAUUCAGAGUUGGUGAAUGUGUUCAUGGUUGUGUUAUCAGGUUUGGCAUGGAAAGUGAUGUUUAUACUGGCAAUGCACUUAUGAAUAUGUAUGCAAAAUUGCAGCUUUCGUCGAAUGAUUGUUAUGUGUUUGGUGGAAUUCCUCAGUUAAAUAAUCGUGUUAGUAGUCGUAGAAGCAAUGUGUAUGGUGUGGCCCAAGAUUCUGAGGUUGGAGUUGAUGGUGCGAGUCAAGUACCCGUUUUGUAUCAAGAAAGAAGGAAUGAGUUUGAUGGAAUUCCCCUGUCGAAUCGCCUUAGUAGUCAUGGGAGCAGUUUGGUUGUUGAUGAUAGUGUGUCCAAAGGUUCUGUGGUCGGAGUUGAUGGUAUGAGUCAAGUACCAGUUUUGUAUCAAGAAAGAAGGAAUGCGUUUGAUGGAGUUCCCCCGUUAAAUCGCUUUAAUAAUCGUAGAAGCAGUUUGGUUGUUGAUGAUAGUGUGUAUAGUGUCUCCCAAGAUUCUGAGGUUGGAGUUGCUGGUAUUGGUCAAGUACCAGUUUUGUAUCAAGAACGAAGGAAUCAGUUGAUAAGGAGUGAAAAAAGUCAUUUUGAGUCUUUAAGUGGCCGUAUGGUGAAGAAUGCUAGAAGAUUAGAUAGUGUGAGUAAGAUUUUUCAAAUGAUGCCAAAUAAAGAUGUUGUUUCGUGGAAUACUGUGAUUGGUGGAAAUGUACUAAGUGGAUUGCAUGAAGAAGCUCUGGAAAGGUUAAGGGAGAUGGGCAAUGCCAAUUUGAAGCCUGACUGUUUCACUCUGUCAAGUGUCCUUCCUGUCUUUGCGACGCAUGCUGAUGUCUCGAAGGGAAAAGAGAUUCAUGGUUAUGCAAUUAGACACGGGUUUGACAAAGAUGAGUUUAUUGGGAGUAGCUUAAUUGAUAUGUACGCAACUUGUACCAGAGUUGAGGAUUCUUAUAGGGUGUUUAAUUUAUUACCACAAAAGGACGACGUUUCAUGGAACUCAAUAAUAGCAGGAUGUGUGCAAAACGGUACUUUUGAUGACGGGCUGAGACUGUUUAGGCAGAUGUUAGCUGCUAAUGUCAUGCCUGUGGAAGUUUCUUUCUCAGCUAUACUUCCUGCCUGUGCUCAUUUGACCACACUACAUCUAGGGAAACAACUCCAUGCGUACAUAACAAGAAUGGGGUUUGAUCAAAACAUGUAUGUAGCUAGCUCACUUGUGGACAUGUAUGCCAAAUGUGGGAGGAUAAUGACUGCUAGAUGGAUUUUCGAUAGGAUGGAGGUACACGAUUCAGUUUCAUGGACGGCCAUAAUCAUGGGGUAUGCAUUGAAUGGUCAUGCCUGCGAGGCCACUGUUCUAUUUGAAAAUAUGCAACGUGAUGGGAUAAAUCCCAAUGCUGUGGCUUAUCUAGCUAUAUUAACUGCUUGCAGCCACGCUGGUUUGGUUGAUGAAGGUUGGAGUCAUUUUACGAGUAUGAUCAGACAUGGUGUUUCUCCUCAUCUUGAGCACUACGCUGCUAUUGCAGACCUUCUUGGUCGUGCUGGAAAAUUAUCAGAAGCUUACAAGUUUAUCACUGACAUGCCUAUUAAGCCCACCGGGAGUGUUUGGGCUACUCUGCUAUCAGCUUGCCGAGUUCACAAAAAUGUUGGACUGGCUGAAAAAGUUGCCAAAGAAAUGACUACAGCUGAUCCUGGGAACAUGAGCCCUUAUCUGCUCUUGUCAAAUAUGUAUUCUGUAGCUGGGAGAUGGAAAGAUGCAUCAAAAUUAAGAACUAAUAUGCAGAAGAAAGGAAUGAGAAAACCACCAGCCUGCAGCUGGAUAGAAGUUAGGAACCAGGUGCAUGCUUUUGUCUCGGGAGACACAUCUCACCCAUAUUAUGAUCAGAUACACGAAACACUAAGAGAUCUUUAUGAACGCUUGAAACAAGAAGGUUACGUUCCUCAGACUAGUGAGGCACUGCAUGAUGUUGAUGAGGAGCAAAAGGCUGAUCUGCUGUAUACUCAUAGCGAACGGCUUGCGAUAGCAUUCGGUAUUAUUAGUACACCUGCUGAGACAACUAUUCGCAUAACCAAGAAUCUCCGUGUCUGCGUAGACUGUCACACAGCCAUAAAGUUCAUAUCCAAAAUUAUGGAGAGAGAGAUAAUUAUUAGAGAUAAUAGUCGAUUUCAUCUUUUCAAAGAUGGAAAUUGUUCAUGUGGAGACUACUGGUGAUGGUAGCUAUGGUUAUAUAUCCAUAAUGUAGCAUAAAGAGCUUUAUUAUAGGCAAUAAAAGGGGAAAACACAUAUGGGGAGGUUCCGAGGAAAUGACAGAGAUUAUAUAGGAGUUCAGACAGUCUCUAGUAUUUCGCAUUUUGUGAGAAAAUAUAGAGGUCAUGCCUCAGUGCUUUGACGCGGUCUCCCAAAGGCUGUUUAAAUGUAUCAUAUUGGAGGCAUGGAUAUCAUCAAUCAAUUCAGCUAGCAAACUGGAGAAAUGCCCUGAUGUGAAACUUUCGAUUUCUCCUGGUGUUACAACAGGUUAGAGCUUUGAAGCCCUAAUAUUCUUGAACUUGUGGUUGUUGUGCCUUCUUGGUGAUGGAAUUUGGAAUUCCACAAGGUCAUAUAACAAGUGAGGAGGAUUUUGGAACUUGACUUAUAACUUUUAACUUUUGACUUUUCCUAUAAAUUUCAAAUUUUUAAGUGACUUCAGAAUGUUUUGUGCAAUCUGGAAAGAGAAGUUGCAGAGAAAAACGUGAAAUAUUUGAUGUCAAAUGUAGUGCUUGCUAGCUUUGUCAUUUUGGAAGACCAAACUUCUUUUGAAGAAUACUUCAAAAAUUUGAAGCUAAAUACUUGAUUUAAGUAAUUCUUUUUUAAGAAAAAAAAAGAAGGAAAAAAAGUUAUUGAUAUCUUCUUAUUGGACUCAAUUUGAUCUCUCAAUUAGCUUUGACAAAUUCAUAUUAUCUAGCUAAGACUAUGUACAAAAUGUAAACUCAUUAAAUUGAUGUAUAUUAAAAUAAUAUAAACAUGAUGCGCUUGUUCAAUCAAACCAAGUUUAGUUUUGUGAUAUUUUAUUUCAAAUUGACCCAAAAAAAAAAAAAAGAAAAAUCCCAUUUUGACAUUGUGCAAUCAAUGAAAAUUUCAAAUUAUAGUCUAAGAAGGAUUUUUGGCG